CCCGUAUCGUCACAGUAGACGAUAUUUACGCCGGCCCUUUCUCUCUCCUCUCAUAUUUUGAUAUUCUUUCCCUCUCAGUGCAGAUAAAAACGAAUGAUUCCCAAAAGGCCAUUUCAAAACCAAGCCAAAAAUUCACUUCAAACGCUCCAAGAAACACCCCAUUUCUUAUCCUCUUCCUCCUUUGCUGUCCCUGAAAUCAAUCUUGCUCGCAUAUUUGCACGUUGAAUAUCAGACUGUAACUAUUUUUAUCUUGUAUGAAAAAUUUACGGCAGAAACAAAAAGGAAACAAAAUGGAUUCGUUGCCUCUUGAUGACAUAAUCAACCGCUUGCUUGAGGUUAAAGGGAGGCCGGGGAAGCAAGUACAGCUCUCAGAGUCAGAGAUCAAGCAGCUUUGUUUGCAGUCCAAAGAAAUUUUCUUGCGACAGCCUAAUCUUCUUGAACUUGAUGCACCCAUCAAGAUCUGUGGGGAUAUUCAUGGUCAGUAUUCUGAUCUUCUAAGAAUUUUUGAAUAUGGUGGAUUACCUCCACAAUCAAAUUACUUAUUCUUGGGGGAUUAUGUGGAUCGAGGGAAGCAAAGUCUAGAAACCAUAUGUCUUCUGCUUGCCUAUAAGAUAAAGUAUCCUGAAAAUUUUUUCCUUCUAAGGGGCAACCAUGAAUGCGCAUCGGUAAAUCGUAUAUAUGGGUUUUAUGAUGAGUGCAAAAGAAGAUUUAAUGUUAGGGUUUGGAAAAUAUUCACAGAUUGUUUUAACUGCCUGCCUGUGGCAGCUCUUAUUGAUGAAAAGAUAUUGUGCAUGCAUGGAGGACUUUCUCCUGAUUUGCACGAUUUGGAUCAAAUAAGAACCCUACAACGUCCAACUGACGUUUCAGAAACUGGGUUACUUUGCGAUCUAUUGUGGUCAGAUCCUAGUAAAGAUGUCAAAGGAUGGGGAAUGAAUGAUAGGGGAGUGUCCUAUACAUUUGGUCCUGAUAAGGUGACGGAAUUUCUUCAGAAGCAUGAUCUUGAUCUAAUUUGCCGAGCCCACCAGGUAGUAGAGGAUGGAUAUGAGUUUUUUGCUGAUAGACAACUUGUCACCAUAUUUUCUGCCCCAAACUAUUGUGGAGAAUUUGACAAUGCUGGCGCCAUGAUGAGUGUGGAUGAGACUUUAAUGUGCUCUUUUCAAAUAUUAAAGCCUGCAGAAAAGAAGCCGAAGUUUGGAUUUGGCAGCACAACUACAGCUAAGCCAGGAACCCCUCAGACAAAAACAAAGUCAUUCUUUGGUGCGAAAAUAGGAUGAGUUCCAUUUGCUUAAGAGAUCUGAAACUGCUAUCUGGACUCUCUAGCAUUGAGGGUUUAAGGAUCACCUCAAAAUUUAGGAAAUCAUCUCACUAUGUGGGUAAAUUAGAGUUUGCAGGCACUAUGCUGAAAAAUGAAAUCUACAAGAUUUUCUUCCCGAGAGAAAAUUUUGAGGGGUGUAAUAAUUUUUUCCUUCUUGUAUAAUACCAAUCAAUGUAGUGGUAGUUGUGGAUUCUUUGCCAAUUGCAGAUUUGAUGACCGUGGAUUGGACGAAAAGAAAAUGCAAACCCUUGUGUUUUGUACAUCAUGAAGUGUUUUAUCUU